AUGUCCAAAAAUAUAAGCAGAAUAUACAGCUAUUUGAAGAUUCCAAAAACAAACAUAUUACUAAUUAACACAAUUUUGACAGAUAGUUAAGGUUAUUAAAUAGGAAGUUUUGUUUACUACAAUGAUAUAUCAAAGACAGAAGGCAAUAUUGUUAAUGCGAUUAAGCCUGAUUUUACUAUUAGAUAAAUGAAGUAUAUUGAGCAAACUAACAAAAUUCUAGCUAUUUCAUACUACUCUGUUAUAAUAGCAGAUCUCUAUACUUUAUAGACAGAGCAAAAGUUAGUCUUUGAAAUGAUUGAGUCUGUAGAUUUAAUAAAAGAUACUAAUUAUGCAAUAAUAUCUUCUAUUACUUGUAAAAGUUAUAUAAUAGAUACUAUAAAUUUAAAGCAAGUUAUCUCAUUUGAUAUUUGCUAAUACGGAACUGAUGCCUUUGCUUAAAAUAUUUUUUCAAAAGCAUUUAAACUCUAGAACGGUUUAGCAUUUUUUGCUAUUUUAGAUAAUGAACAUGGGAUUUAAACAUGGUCUUUUAAUCCUACUUCUAUUUAGAUAUAAUUUAAUGGUUAUUUACCUCAGCCUGUUUCUAAUAUUGACUAUUUUGACAUUGAUAUUCAUGAUAAAUAUGAUAUCUUAUUUACAAUUGGUUCAUCUUAUUAGAUAAAUACAUUUUAGAUAGGAUAUGAGAAAGACUAUUUAAAUUACAAGCUUUUAAGUGGAUUUAACCUUAUUGACAGUAAUGAUUUAAAGUUGACUAAUAUAAAAUAUAUUGGCUUAGUAACAUCUUCAGGUUUCUAAUCUAGUUUAUAUCUAAGUGAUGUCAAUACAAUUUAUAGAUUAGAUUUUUAGUUUACUUUAGACUCAGAUAGCUAAAAUGUGCAAUAGAUAAAUUUCUUGAAUUAAAAUAAUCCAGUUUAAUCUUAACCAGUAGGAAAAUUAUACAGGAAUUGGUACUAUUUAGAAGAAAAUCAAUUAAUUUUAAUUCCUGUUUAUAGUAAAUAUUAUGAAAAUUAAAGCUUUACUUGUACCUUUAACUAUGUUUAAAAUUCCUUCCAAAUUAACCAAUAUUACUUAAAUACAGCAUUUACUAAACUUUAUUAAGUAAAUUACCAAGAGAAAAUUUACUACAUUACAGGUCAAUCCACUUCUUUGUAUAUUGUAAAGGAUACUCCUAGCGGUUAAAUUGCAGAUUAAAAAUAACUAAAUUAUUAUAUAAAGUAAUAUCCUAAUUCUUUUAUAAAAGUCUAAAAUUGUCCUUUCUGCUUUAUUACUUUGCUCUAUAAUAGCUACGUUUAAAUUAAUAAUGUACUGGAAAGUGAUUGGAGCUGUUUUGCUAAUAUAGGAUAUUUUUACAAUUUAAAUCUUGAUUAAGUUAACUAAAAUAUGGACGCGUACUUUGAUGGAUAAAACUCUUUUUGGCUUUUAAUAGGUCUUCCAUUUAAAUACAACAAUGAAAAUUACUUAUUUGGAAUACUUGAUCCUUGCAAUUUGUAAUUUUAAACUCUAUCUUCUGAUAAUUAAGAUGAUAACUCAAACAAGACUUGUUAUGCUUUGUAUUCUGAUCCCAAUAAAUUAAUAAUAGGGCUAGAUGUAUAUGGAAAUGCAUAUGCAUGGAAUUCUUAAGAUAUCACUUAAUUUCUUUUCAAAAAAUCAAUAACAAAAUAUUAAUGCUUAAAUUCUGGUAUUGGACAAUUAUACAAUAGUGGUACUAAUAUUUAUCUAAUUGCAGUUUGUGGAGAUUAUUAAAUCAUAAGCUUCAAUCUUAUGAAUGGAGAUACAUAAAUUUUGGAUAAGCUUAAAUCGAAACCUAACCACAUUAACUCAUUUGAAGAAUCUUAGCUUCUUGGAAUUGGAGAUCGAGAUACUAGUGAAAUCUAUCUUUACAGAUUCAACCAAUAAACUGGCUUAUUUACUAAUUUUAUGAUAUUUCAGAAUAAUUAAAAUAGAGAUGGAUCAAUUAAUUUAACAUUUUAUCCAGACACUUAGUUAUUAUGGAUUUAGUAUCAGUAUAGCAAUAUUUAUGUCCCACUUGGAUAAUGCUUAUAAAAUGUUAAUAAUUGCUUAAAUUGUUAAAUGAAUUUCUAUUUUAAUACAAAUGAACUUUAGCUAAUCGAUAAAACCUAUGGGAUAGGGACUAUUGAUACUCCUUAUUCAACAUCUAAGGGUUUGAUAGCAGCAUUCUUACAUAUAUCGUAUUAUAGCCAAUUAAUUUUUGGAGUUUAGCAAAUACAAGCUAAUUUUUACAUAGAUCCAUCUAAUACAAUGAAAAUAUAUUAGGAACUUCUAACUAUUUCAAACGCAAACAUGGUAAAUUUAAAAAUAAUAAGCACAAAUCCUAAUUUAUAAGCAUAAAUAGCUGUACUUAAUUAUCUCACAUUCUAAAAUCUAUUGCAAGUUAACUUAGAUAAUAUUUUAAUCAAUUAUUCACUUCCAAAUAAUUUAGCUUAGAAAUGUGGUAUGCAAUUUAAUAGUAUAAUUUAGUAGGUAAUAAUUAAUAAUGUGAAUCAUAAAUCUUCUAAUCCUUCAGUUAAAUGUUACUCAAUUCUAGUGAGUAAUACAAAUGUAAUUUUAUCCAAUAUAGUUAUCUAAAACGAGGAUUUUUCGAAUUUUAAAACCAUGAUACAAGUUGCUGAUUCGUUAUAAAUUAUUAAAAAUACUCUAAAUAGCCAGUUCAGUAUUUUAUCAUAACAAAAUGAUGUCAAAGUAAUAAUAAAUAAAGUUUUAGUCUAAGAUAACAUAUGCAAUUCAGAUUACACAUCUUAAAACUAAUAAAUAGGACAGUUAUUUUAGGCUAGCUAAUAUCAAGUUGAUGAUAUGUAAAUUUUAUCAAAUAAAUUUUGCAACCUAAGAAUAUUCUCAACAAUAAGCAAUAUAAACUAGCUUAAUUAACUUUUUACUUUUAACAACAUAAUUAUUCAAAAGAAUUAGUUUUUGACUGUCUCAUCCUAUCUAUUUUUCAAUGCAAUUUACUAUUUUAAUCUUUUACCUAUGCAUACACUUAUACUAACAAACAUUUAUUGCUCAGAUAACCAUUAUGUUCCUACAUCAACAAGUCAAGCUGAUAUCAACAUCUCAACAACUUAUUUUUUUUAAAUCAAUAAAUUAAAAAAUAUUACUAUUUCAAAUAUAACAUCCAUGAAUCAUUAUGAAAUUGCUUUCUCAACAAUUUCUUAAUCUUAAUAGGCCAUAUUAUAUAACAUAUCCUGUCUUAAUGAUCUAAGCUAUUAGUAAAGUAUUUCGGCUAAUUUCCCUUAUGCAGGCUGUAUUUCAUUCAAUGAUAUCAAAAUUCUAUAAUUAAAUGUAUUUAAUUCAAGUUUUAUAAGAGGAGUAGAUAAUUCCAUAUUAGAAAUUAUGAACUAUAAUUUUGAGAAUAAUUUGAUUAAUCUAACAAAUAUUUCAGUAUAAAACUCCUAGUUUUAUUAGAAAUAAGUAAACUCCUAUGCAAAUCCUAUAAUGAUCUCAUCAGAAUGUUAUUCAAAUAUAAGUAUAUCUCUUUCCCAUUUUAAUAAUAACACAUUAAACGGUCUUCUAAACUCAUAAACUUAUUCAACUACUGGAAUCUAAAUAAUUAACUCUUUAGGAGAUAUUUACUUAAAUAACAAUACUUUCAGUAAUUCAAAGUCUAAUUCCUUUUAUAAUUAUUUGUAUUUUUAGAUUAAAAAUGCAUUUAUAAAUAACAUUAAUUUUUCUCAGUCUUCUUUUGAUUUUUCAGACAAUCCUACUUUAUUUACUUAAGAAGGUGGAUGUAUAAGAAUAAAAUCUAAUUAUUUGCAAAUAAAAAAUAGUUAAUUUAGUUAAUCAACAUCUAAAAUUGGAUCUUUUAUCUAUAUUGAACCCCUAAGCUAGUUAUUAUAGAUAAUUAUUUAGCAUUCAUCCUUCUCACAAGGAUACUCAAGCAACGACGGUGCUGCUAUCUAUAUAAACUCACAAAAUACUUAAUUUGAUUUUCAGAUAUAAUAUACCAAUUUCACAGAUAUUUAUGCUUUAUCUGAAAAUUCAAAUGCCAUAUCAGUUUUAUAGAACUCUCCUCAAACAUAAUCAAAUAUAUUAAAUAAAAUAACUUUUACUUAAUUGUAUGUUUAAAAUUUAAUGGGUUUAAUUAAUUCAUCUUUCUUGAAAGUGAUUAACUCUUUAAUUACCAUUUAAGGAAUGAUAGCAACAAAAUUGAGUAUUUAAAAACUACCAGAUUUAUUAAGCGUUUAUUAAGAUAAAAUAUCUUAGCUGACUAUAUUAGAUUUUUAGAAUUCAAAUAUUACUUUAUUAGAUUGCGAGUAUUUUUCUUUGUAAAGUUUAAUAUCCUCUAGCUUCCCACUUUUGAUUAAAUCAAUUAACUCUUAAAUUUAAAUAGUCAAUACUAACACUCAUUCAUCAUAUUUUUCAUAGAGUUUAAUAGACCUCAAUUAAGGAUAACUAACUAUCAUAAAAUCUAAAUUCUACAAUUUAACUUAGGUACUUCCCAAAUCUAGAGUAAUACAACAAUCAUCCAAUAAUUAAUCAAAUAGCCAAUUCAACUCACUUAUUAAAUUAACUAAUGGAAAUCUAAAAGUUUUAGAUAAUUCUGUUUUUAACAAUAUUAAUUGUCAAACAAAUUGUUAUGGAUCUUCAAUUCUUCUAAACUAUUCUUCAUUUCAAAUCUAUGACAGCUAUUUUAUGAAUUCUUUAGCAUUAAAUGGAGGAGCAAUAUCACUGUUUGGCUUAAAUUCUACCAAUAAUAUUAUCAAUAAUACUAAUUUUAUAAAUAAUCAAGUUACAAAUAAUGGUGGAGCUUUGUAUUUACAAUUAUUUGAGAAAGAUGUACUUUAAAUAAAUAUGAAUAGAUCUUAAUUUAAUGAAAAUUAAGGUCUCUAAGGAUAUGGCGGAGCAUUUUAUAUUACAUCAUAAUCUAUAAACUCAUAAAGUUAAUAAAUAAUUUUGUAAGAUUGUUAAAUAUUACAAAAUAGAGCUAAAGUAGGAGGUGGAAUAUACAACUAAGGUAUUAACCCCGUCAUUGAUUCAAAGUCUUUGGUAGAGAAUAAUUUAGCAACCUAAUAUGGAGAUGAUAAAUUUUCAUAUCCUUCAUAUUUAGAAUUGAUAAACCAAUCAAGCUUUAAAAAUGAAAUUAAUUUGUAGACAAUCAUUUUAAAUUCAUUUAAAAGCGGUGGAAGUCUUCCUGAAUUCGUAUUUCAAUUAAGAGACAGCAGCAAUAAACCUGUGACUUAAAUUGACGGGUAAUCAUAUAAAGCAAAAAUUUAAAUAAGUAAUAGAACAAGCUAAAAAGAUAAAUAUUAUUUUAGAGGAAACUCAUAAAAUGCUAUGGAUAUAAAAUAAAAUAUAUUCAAAUUUGAUCAAAUUGAUUUUAUAGGAAUACCAGGUUCUUAGUCUUAUAUAGAAUUUACAUCUGAUACAAUUAGAAAUUACAAUAAUGAUACUCAUUAGUAUGAUUCGAGUUACUCAUUUAUAGUUUAGGUUAACUUUAGAAACUGUUAAUAUGGGGAAUAUAUAAAUUAGUACAACAAUUACAAAGAAUGCUAAGCAUGUGAUGAUGGUAAAUAUACACUAGAUUAUACAGCAUGUUAUGAUUGUCCUAUAGGGGGUACCUGUAAAGAAGGCAUAAUUGAAUUAAAAGAAGGUUAUUGGAGAGACUAGUAGUAUAGUGAUAUUAUAGUAUUUUGUACAAAUAGACCAUAAAAUUGUAUUGGAAACACUUAUGGAAACAAAGUUUGCAUAAAUGGAAAUAUAGGACCACUUUGCGAAGAAUGUGAUAUACAUGGAGAAUAUUGGUAAGAUAAUUAUACAAGGAAAAAUAAAUAUGAAUGCAUAAGAUGUGAUGAGAUUAAGAACGAUUCAUGGAAAUUUUGCUUAAGUUUAUUUUGGAUUUUUUUUUCAGUUCUUCUAGCAGUUGAAGGUGAAAAGAAUAAUUAGUUAAGUAGAAUUCUUCAUUCAGCCUUUUAUAAAAAAAGGAAUUAAAAUAUAACGGCUAACAAAUAAGAUAAUUUUAUAAACAAACAAGAAUCUAAAGUUUUUUUAAAAAUUCUAACUAACUACAUAUAAAUCAUCUCUUCUGCUUUUACUUUUAAUCUGAAUUUCAAUUAAUAAAUUCUAUUAAUUCCAUAGUAUUUAGGUGCUCCUGUUUCAACUUCUGUGGACUAUUUUGAUUGUGUUUUAAAAGAUUCUAGCUUAAUCUACUUUCUUGUAGAUAAGUUGGAAAAACCAAAUAUAUAUUGGCUAAUAUGA